CUGAAAACAGAUUUUGUCUUUUAUCCAUGGCCCACUACAGAUAUAGAAAUGGUCUAAAAUCUGCUGUUUAAGCUGCCCAUGUGCUCUCCAGAAGAUUAAACCAUACAAAACAACUGUUUUUUGCAGGCAAUUCCAAUUAUUGCUGCAUAAGAAAAAGCCUGCAUCUCUCUCUGCUCUUCCCCUGAUUGAAAAGCAAGCAAUCAAAGAGCAUAAUCUGUCAUGUCUACAAUGGCCUUGCAGAGAUCCAGUUUCUUGAAACCUUCCAGCUAUGGUGUUAGAACACACACCCACAUUCUUCCUGCAUCUUACACAAUAAGGAUAAUGAAUUGUAGUUCCUCCCCGACGAGCAAUCGAGAAGAAUUGUUUAAACCACAUCAACUGCAAACAGUUUCUGCAUCACAUCUGCAGCUUCCCUCUGAAAAGCUCAUUCAGGACAGAAGAUUAGAGUUUGGGCAAUUCGUGGCCCGGGAAGCUGUUCUUGAUGAAGAAUAUUGGACAGCAGCAUGGUUGCGUGCAGAGAGCCACUGGGAAGAACAAGAGCAAGACAGAUAUGUAGACACCUACAAAAGGAAAUAUGCAGAACAGGAGUAUAAUGCUUUAAAACGACGAUGCAAGGCACAAUUCGGGCAGAAAUGCACCUGUGUAGUUGUCACGGCAAACAAGAAAGAAGGAGAUGUGAGAUGUCCACUGAUGAAGAAUAUGGUGGGAACACUAGACUUGGUCAUUGGGCAAUUGUUGCCUGGAGAAACCUUUCUGGGGGAAAUGGUGAAAGCCCCCGGUUUCUGCAACAUUGACAGCAAAACAUCGAGAUAUGGUUAUAUAGCAAACUUAUGUGUAGCCAAAUCGGCCCGUAGACAGGGCAUUGCAAGCAACAUGUUGCACUUUGCCAUUACUACUGCCAAGGCCAGUGGUGCGGACUUAGUCUUUGUACAUGUACACAGAACCAACAAUUCUGCACAGCAACUGUACUCGAAAGUUGGUUUUCAGAUGGUUGAAGAAGCAAGCCUUCAAGUCUCGGGCGAACAACCUCACCUGCUUUGCAUCAAACCAUAAAGCUCGAUCUUCCUCUUCUCCACUGUGUCCAAGUUGCAAAGGGAAUGGACACAUCAUUAUUAGAAAACAACAUAGGAAAUCUAUACAAUGUAAGUUUUAAAGUAAUAAUCCGUAUUAACUGCGUUAACUA